AUGAGUCAAAGAAACGCCUUCAACCGCGGUGGCAGCCAGCAGCCAGUUUCGAUGCAGGCUCAGCCUUCAAGAAACUCAACGCAGCAGCAACACCCACAGGAUAACCUUUCGGACCUGGCCAAGGGCAUGUCAGGUCUGGGUGUGACAACAACCCAGACGAUGGACGACGCCAUAUUUGGCAUCAAAGAGGAGCUCUGCGGCAUCAGGGCACAACUGCAGUCAGAUGAGCGAAUGCAGAUCCAGACGAAGAAGGCAAAGGGCAUAUGCCGGGAUGUGGCCAGGAAAGAGGUUCAGGACCAAAAUGCACAUGUCAUGCAGUCUAUCGAGGAGAUGCGCGCCAGGAUUGACGGGUUGACGAACAUGGUCAGCGGGUGGAUUAACACCACGCAGUCCAAUACUUCCUCUGCUUCGCAGGGAGGUGACGCUGGCCGCAAUCAGUAG